GCCACGGCUCCUCGUUCCGUUUGCUACCUGCACAAACAUCCCCUUCACAAAGACCGUCUGAACGCAGAGAGGCUGAAAGAUGCUCACUGGUGGGUUUCCACCAGCUCCACCAGUAAAAUCGGAGGGGCCAUUCCCGCUGGGCCCUUUCCCCAGGCACAUCUGGAUCCACGACAACACCCCCCAGGACAGCCUGGACCAGGCCUGCCACAAGAUCUGGAAACGCGUUCAAGGCCUCUCAGAGGAGCUGCAGCCCGCGCUCUGCUCAGAGCCGUCAGAGACCCUUCGAAGAGAGAACGGCAACUCCCACCACGAAGAUGGGUUGCUAGAUGAAACAGAGGGACUUGAAAAUAUAUACAGAGCAGUGAUUGGAAACAGAGAAAGGGAGAUGAAGUUACGAGCUCUCUGUGAUGCUCAGCUUUCUGCUAAAUCCACCAUCACCAACCUCCUGUGUUCAGCGAAGUUGCACAAGGACUCCAAGGGGCUGGAGGACAGCAGCACAACGGGCGGUUGCAGCACAGGGGGCAGCAAGGCAGAGACACCAUAUCUGCAGAAGCACGCAGACACUGCCAAGGGCCCAGACAAUCAGGCAAUGGCUGAAGAACCCAAGGCAGUGAACAACUUCCUACAGAGUAACACGCUCAGCUCUGUGAAGAACAGCACACCUGCAUCAGCUCCACCAACAGCAGCAGAAAGUCAAGCUGCAGCACAGAAGCAGCAGCUCCCAGCAUUUGCCAAGACCUGCUCCAAAACCGAUUGCAGUGCAGUCACAAAGGCACUGCAGAAUCCAGUAACUACCGCAACACCAGAUAAAAAAAAUGUUAAAUAUAGUGCAAGUACUUUUACUCCACGCUUUUCUACUACUACAACGACCACGGCAUUAAAUCAGCUGGUGUGGCCAAGUCUGACCUUCCCUCCACUCCCUGUCUUUCCAAACCCCUCGAGCUUUCCACAGUUUCAGGGUCUGUAUCAGCGAGCACGGUUCCCUUAUCAGCAAGCUCUGCACCCUCCCUUUGGAUGUUAUUCGAGACAGGUAGCUCCGUACAACCCACAGCACAUUUUCCGGUCACCUUACCCUCCUCUGUUGAACUACAUCCCCCUUGUUCAGCCGGAUUUUCCAUACCAGCAGAGGACACUACCUAAACUACCCAUCAACAUCCAGGAUCCACCAACAGCAGGCGAUGGGACCCCGUAUCCAUUUUCUCCUUCCUACGGGUUUAGUUCUACACCCGGAGGAGCCACGAGGACUAACCUCAACUACUCUUCCAGUGGGAACUGUGUAAACUUUUAAGUGAACCCACUUCUCCUAUCCUGAUAUUUACAUAUAAAAAUUUAGUAUCUAUUAGAAGUCCAAGGAUCCUGUAAGGACUUCAAGUUUCCCUAAAGUGAAGAUUUCUAUCUAGAAUAAUCCCGUGUGACUUCUGUGGUAAGAAACAGCUAUAUGACAACACAUCAGAAAUAAUUUUCUUUAGGAUGACAGAAAAAAGGACUUUUUUCCUUUUGGAAGAUGAAGACAUAAUAAAAGUGUUUUAGUUAUGACAGAUGUCUGAGCUGCUCAAAUUUCAAUGUUGGUACAAUGAAGAUGGUUGACAAAAG